GUCUAGCUGAUCCCUCUACUCAACCGUUCAAGGAGAAGACCCUUGUUGACAAGAGUUACAUUCCCCUUGAGAGAAGAUAUGCUUCAUGAGUACAUGGUUAAAUGCUCAAAACCCUUCAUGAAGUUAUGCAUUUUCGGUUUUUCUUGAGUUUCAGGGGUAAAGACACGCGUGAAACAUUCACAGGGUAUCUCUAUGAAGCUUUGUGCCGCGAGGGAAUCAUCACCUUCAUGGAUGAUGAAUAUCUAACAGAAGGAGAAACAAUUCGACCUCAACUCUUCAAAGCCAUUGAAGACUCAAAGGUUUCAAUCGUUGUUUUCUCUGAAAAUUACGCAACCUCAGCAUGGUGUCUUGAUGAGCUUGUCAAGAUCCUCCAAUGUCACAAGGAGAAGAACCAGCUCGUUUUUCCAAUCUUCUACAAAGUAGAGCCCUCUGAUGUAAGGCAUCAGAAUAAUAGUUACAAGCAAGCCAUGGAUGCUCAUGAAAUUAGGUAUUGUUAUGAGUCUCACAAGGUUCAGAAGUGGAAGGAAGCUUUGGCUGAAAUCUCCAACAUGAAAGGGUUUCAUUUGACACAAGGCUAUGAAUUUGAGUUUAUUCAAGAUAUUGUGAACAAGAUCAGUACUAAAGUAUCUGCUAAGCAACUGCCCAUUGAGGAGCAUGUAGUUGGAUUGCAAUACCAAGUUGCAAGACUGAAGUCCAUUCUAGAUAUUGAGUCUAAUGACAACACAUUCAUGUUAGGGAUUCUUGGAAUCGGCGGAAUUGGCAAAACAACACUUGCAAAAGCUUUGUAUAACUCUCUCUGCAAUCAGUUUGAAGGUGCUUGUUUUCUUUUCAAUGUGAGAGAAACUUCAAGUCAAGAAAAGGGUAAAGUAUGCCUACAACAAAUGCUACUGUCAAAAAUUCUUCAGAAGGGAAAAGUCAAGUUGGGCAGUGUUGAUGAAGGAAUCUCCACAUUAAAAGAGAGACUUUGCACAAAAAGAGUUCUUAUGGUUCUUGAUGAUGUUGAUAAAAUUGAACAGUUACAAGCACUAGCAGGAGGAUGUGCUUGGUUUGGUUCUGGAAGUAGGAUUAUCAUAACGACAAGGGAUAAAUAUUUGCUAGCAGUUCAUCAGGUCAAAAGGAUUUAUAAUAUGCCAAUGCUAAAUGAACAUGAUUCUCUCCAGCUGUUUUGUCAGAAUGCAUUCAAAACUAGUAGCCCGCCCACAAACUAUGUAGACAUGUGCAAUCGAGCAAUUCGAUAUGCCAAAGGCCUUGCAUUAGCUUUAAAAGUUAUAGGCUCGAAUUUGAUUGACAAAGAUUUGAAAGAGGGGAAGUCUGCACUGGACAAAUAUGAAAAGAAUCCUCAUAUAGAUAUUCAAAGUAUUCUUAGAAUAAGCUAUGACAGUCUGCAGCACAAUGAAAAGGAGAUUUUCCUUGACAUAGCAUGCUUCUUUAAUGGAAUGAGAUUGGAUUAUGUUAAAAGAAUACUAGAUGGGUGUGGAUUCUACUCAGAAGAUGGUAUCAGAAUAUUAAUUGAUAAAUCUCUCAUAGCUAUUGAACAUGGUUACUUGAGGAUGCAUGACUUAAUAAAGGACAUGGGUAGAGACAUUGUUAAGCAGGAGGCACCAAAAGAAGCCGGCGAACGAAGCAGAUUAUGGUUUCGAGAAGAUGUUCUUGAAGUACUAACAAAAAAUACAGGAAGUGCUAAAAUUGAAGGUAUAAAGCUUGAUUUGCCAGAAGGGGUUAAUUGGAGUGAUACUGUCUUUAAGAAGAUGAAGAAACUUAGGAUUCUUAUCGUUCGAAACACGAGUUUCCCAUCUUGGCCUAUUUAUCUGCCGAAUCAAUUAAAGCUGCUUGAUUGGAAGGGAUAUCCUUCAAAAUCCCUUCCACCUGGCUUUUAUCCCGAGCAAAUUGCUGCCUUCAAUUUACGCUUUAGUCUUCUUGUAUUGAAAAGGCCAUUUCAGAAAUUUGAUCAUUUGACCUACAUGAAUUUCUCUUGCUGUCAGUCCAUCACUAAAUUCCCUGAUGUGUCUGGAGCAAAAAGUUUAAGAGAAUUGAUACUUGAUCGUUGUAAGAAACUGGUUAAGGUUGAUGACUCAAUUGGUUUUCUUCCUAACCUUGUUUAUUUGAGUGCUUCAGAAUGCACUCAACUGAGGAGUUUUCUGCCUCAAAUCUCUUUGCCAUCUCUUGAAUAUCUUAGCUUUGACUUGUGUAGUAGACUUGCACAUUUCCCAGAUAUACUGGGAAAGAAUGAUAAGCCAUUAAAAAUUUCUCUGAGACAUACUGCUUUAAGAGAGCUUUCAGAUUCUUUUGCUGAACUUAGUGGACUUGGCUAUUUAGAUAUGACAGGUUGUAAGGAACUAAAAUAUCUACCAAGUAGCUUGUUUAUGUUGCCAAAUUUUGUCACCUUAAAAAUUGGAGGAUGUUCCCAACUUCGAGAAUUAUUAACAAGUUUCAAAGGAAGGCUUUCUGAAGCAGAGCACCGGCCAAAGUUAGAGACCUUGGAUUUUAGCAAUGCAUGUUUGUCAAAUGAAGAUCUUCAUGUAAUUAUGCAGAGUUUUCCAAACUUGAAAGACUUAAACGUAUUGUCAAACUAUUUUGUGUCAUGCCCAGAAAGCAUUAAAAAGUCUAUUUGCUUGAGAAGUCUUGAUGUGAGCUACUGCCUUAAGCUUCAAGAAAUUCCAGAACUUCCCUCUAACGUUCAAAAAUUAAAUGCAAGACAUUGCAAUUCCUUGACAGCAGAUACGUCAAGCAUGCUAUGGUCACAGGUGUGUAAAGAGAUAAACAAAUUACAAGUCUUGAUGCCACAGACAGAUAUUCCAGAUUGGUUCGACUAUCGUGAUCAAGGCGGAAUUCCCAUCUUCUGGGCACGUUGCAAGUUCCCUGCUGUGGCUCUAGCAUUCAUGUUUGGCAAAAUGAACUACCAAGAAGUUGAGCUUCACUUGUUUAUCGACAGCGAGCAUGUAAAUGUCCAGCGCCAACACAAGCAUACUUUAAAUAUUGCAGAAAAUCAUGUUCUUCUGUGUGACCUUCGAGCUUUCUUCAACGAUGAGGAAUGGGAGAGGCUUGAUGCACGCAUUGGACAUGAUAAUAACUGGAAGCAAGUUCAGGUGGUGUGUGAACCAGACACAAGCCUAAGAGAAUGGGGAGUGUAUGUGUACAAAAAAGAAACAAACAUGAAUGAUAUCCAAUUCACAUGUCCAUAUCCUGAGUCCUCAAAGCUACAAUCCUUGCUAGUUAUUACAAAUACUAAAACCAUAUCAAGAGAGGAUGAUAUGGAAAUAGAAAGUGCAAGGGCUUCUUCAAGCUCAGUUGAAGAGACAUCAGCUAGUAUUGUACAAGCUUUAGAAGCAUCAUACUCAAAACAUGGUGUGCUACAUGUUAAUUCAAAUAGUUGUGCUCAAACUUGUAGCCUCUGUUGCUCAGCAUUACUUUCAAGUUACAGGAGACUGCUUUGCUGUACCUGCAGAUGUAGGAUUGAUGAUGAUGAGCCUUGUGGAGAAGCACGGAUGACAAAGGCGCAGCCAGCGCGACUCAUGCUAGAUGAUAAUUUAAAUUGUUGUGCUCAAUCCUGUAGCCUCUGCUUCUCAGCAUUACUUUCAAGUUUCAGGAGACUGCUUUGUGGUAUCUGUAGUAGGCUUGAUAAUGAUGAGCCUUAUGGAGAAGUAAAGAUGACAAAGGCACAGCCAGGGCCAAUGAUUUCAAGACCACAAGAAGAAUCAACUGAAAAUGUUGAUGAGGAGCGUGUUCCUUCUUCCUUCUCACACAGCCUACAAACUGUGGUGGAAAACUUGAAGAGGCUUACAGCUCCAAGAGAAGACAAAGGUUGGAGCCAUGGAGAAGACUGUUAUAACUCAGAAUUGAGUGAUGUUGAUUUUGAGGACGAUGGGGAAGGAGACUUGGACAUGGAAGCAUAGGACUACAGGAAGAUUUUAAAUUCGGACUAAUUAGUCUCCGAAGAAAAAAUAGUACCAACUUGGUCCUCCACAAUAACAAACAGUGGAUACGUAAUAUCCUUCUAACAAUUCAUCACGUAAAACUUAAAGGUGGUAUUUAUAUGUACCGUUACCUAUUCUAAUGAGUUUAUUUAUGAAAGAUCAUCAUGGAGAUAACAACUUUUGGAACAAAA